AUGACCCAUUCCAAGGUUGGACAUCUCGGAACGUAUUCCGAUCUUUCGGACGACUCUAUGGACUGGGAGGAAGGUAUCAAGCCAGUGCUCGAAAAGUCGAGCGUCAAAGAGCCCUGCUCGACACACGGGCCUAGCGAAACCAAGACUCUUGAUCGAGAUCUCCAAAGCCCAAACGCCAAAAAGCAUAUCCUUGCCCUAGCAGUGGCACUGGGAGAACUUGCCAAUGAAGAUAAUUGCACCAAAUGCACAGUCGAGAAGGUCUCAAAGCUCAUCACUCUCCAAGCCCUCGACAUCAAGGCUGCGAACCAAACCAAGGGGUGGACCAAGGAGGACAAGAAGAUUCGCAAGGUGGAAUUCAAAAUCCUUUGUCAGGGGGUGAAGAAGGAUCUAAAGGUCCUAUGGAAGGGGAAAUGA